GGUGUGGGGAGAUUAUGUAAAAAUUGUCAAAAUCACUGUUCCAAAUCAAAUUUGAGUGAACAGAAUCAAAACCUACCUGAUCCCUCAUUUGUACGUGUUCACAGAGGUGCCUUUGUAUUUCUUCCUGUGCAAAGGCAGAGCGUUGGAAGAACACCUUGGCCUUUCUGCCUGCCCCUAAACCCAUCAAUUGCCCUACUGAUCGAUCUCUUGUGAGAGUCCUUGUCGGGGACUGUAGACAGCAACACCCAUGGUGCACAACACCAAGUCUCUUUGCCUUUGGUAAAGCUGAGGAGAAUGCAAGCACGUGCCAACGUUCAUUCCUGUGUAUAUUCACUGAAGAUACAAAAAACAAAUAUUGUCUCAAGAUAACUUCUUUGCAUCAGAAAUGUUUUUCUAAGCUCUAUCAGGAGGUGGUUUCUGAAGAAAUCUUAAGACUUUGAUACGACAUGUAACAGAGCAGGAAAACUGAGGUAAAUUACAUUAACUAGAAACCUGUAUAAAGGAGCAUCCCUACCAUGUUUGUCUUCUAGAUGGAAACAUAAAUAUCAGGUAAGCCCUUUUUUAUAUCAUUAAGUUUAAGCUUUCAAUUCUGAAAACAUCUGUGGCAAUAUAGAUGAAACAUUGGUGUCCCCAUUUCUUUUGGGAACAUAUUCUGAUUGCUUGCUUCUCUCUGCGUGGCAUGCUUUCAGACAAAAUGCUGAGAAGACUCUUAUUCUUUUUGAAAGGAAAGACUACCCCAGGUGUAACUUAUUUUCUUGAUGCAAUUGUGAGAUUUACUUUAAGAUGCCUCUAUUCUGUUUCUCAUGAAAAUAAAUAGUAUUUAUCUAUUCAUACUCCAAGUAAAUUUCUGUUUGUUCUUCUGGACUUGCUUAUUAUGCAGGACAAAUUAGAGAGGCAGUGCUUGUACUGAUUCUUUUGGAUACAUUCCUUUAUUUCUUAGUAAGGAGGCCUUUUUGUUUGAAUGGAUCAGCUUCUGAGUGCAGAACAAAGGACUCCAAGCAGUGAGAUUUUGCAGAACCAGUACUCUGUUCUUCCUGGGCUUCUCGGAGCACCUGCAAAUGGUUUUAUCAGAGUAGAACAGGUGUGACCAGACUGUCACUGCCUGAACAUGAAUUGCUGCACAAAAGAGCACUCUCAGAAGCAUUGCAGCAGCAGAUCCACGGGGGGGACAGCAUGCUAGUUCUGGCACCAAGUGUAUAUAUAGGCCUCAGAAAAAAAAAAAAAAAUCUGAAAGCUAAACAUUCUACCUUGCCCUGAAAUGAGAGCAGCACUGCAUGAUUCAAAUUCAGUCAAAAUAGUGCAGCCAGGGACCUGUCAGUCUGCACAAAAGCAAUAUCAGCAAUUUCUGAGAUCCUAUCAUCGUAGAAAAUAAUCAGCAAUUCAUAUGCUUCCUUCCAAGUUUGUUAUGGCCUCAGGGGUAAUCAAAGAUUAUACUAUCUCUUGUAGCAUUCACAUUAGGAAGAUAUGUCCCAUCUAGCUAGACCAGGAUUGGUUUUUAAAUGCCCAUUUGUUACUCUCAUCGUGGUUAACGUGACCCUGUUGCUUCUUCACUGCCUGUUCUUCAAGCAGAAGGCUCGGCUGAGUCUUUGCAUUAGACUUCAGGUCUCCACUGCAAAGUGAACCAGAAGUAUUCCUCAUCUGCCAGGGAAAGUGAGCCAGCUGGAAUGGGCUGCAGGAAGAGAAGGAGAAGCUGACUGAUGGAUCCUGUGCAAAAAGCAGUCAUAAACCAUACGUUUGGAGUGUCCAUUCCCCCAAAGAAGAAGCAAGUUAUUUCCUGUAAUGUCUGCCAGCUUCGCUUUAACUCUGAUAGCCAGGCCGAGGCCCACUACAAAGGAAGUAAGCAUGCCAAGAAGGUGAAAGCACUAGAGGCAACGAAAAAUAAACCAAAAGUUGGGUCUUCCAAGGACAGCACAAAGGCUAACCCAAGCUGCUCCACGCCAGUCACAGCCAACAUCUCUGACAAAUCAGAAGAUAAAGGGAAAGUGAAAUCCAAUGGUGCAAGUCAGCAUUCCAGUACAGAAGUGGGUGCUUUUCUUCCCAAAGCUGGAGUGGCAGCAGUGGCACCUGUAACACCUGCAGUGUCCUCCAACAGCACGAAUGGGGCUCCUAGCACAACCUCUGAGUCAGAAGAGGAAAAAGCCAAAAAACUACUUUACUGUUCAUUAUGCAAAGUGGCUGUGAAUUCCCUGUCACAGCUAGAAGCACACAAUACAGGCUCAAAACACAAGACGAUGGUCGAAGCUCGGAACGGUGCUGGUCCCAUCAAGUCUUACCCCAGACCAGGCUCCCGGCUGAAGGUGCAGAAUGGCAGUAAAGGCUCAGGACUGCAGAACAAGACAUUUCAUUGUGAAAUCUGCGAUGUCCAUGUUAACUCAGAAAUUCAGCUUAAACAGCAUAUUUCCAGCCGAAGGCAUAAGGACAGAGUUGCAGGAAAGCCGAUGAAACCUAAAUACAGUCCUUACAACAAACUGCAGCGCAGCCCAAGUAUUUUAGCAGCAAAGCUUGCAUUCCAGAAAGAUAUGAUCAAGCCACUGGCCCCUGCAUUUCUCUCCUCACCUCUGGCUGCUGCAGUGUCAUCAGCGCUGUCACUCCCAGCCCGCCCUGCGGCCUCCCUCUUCCAGGCACCUGCCAUCCCCCCAGCCCUCCUCAGGCCUGGCCACGGGCCCAUUCGUGCUACACCCGCCUCCAUACUUUUUGCACCAUACUGAGUCUGGUGUUAAAGGGAGAUAGCUAUGGCCAGUAGGAAGGGUGAAAGAAUAGCGAGCAAAGGGUCUUUUGAAACGCUACCCAGUGUGACGUCUCAACCAUCUUCACCACAAAGCUCAUCGCUGAUGGUACUGAGUUUUGAAAUCUAGACAACUCUCUUUCUUGGUCUCUCUCUCCCUCUUAAUCCAAAGAGAGAGUGAUUUACUAAAAACUUAAUUGCUCAUAAAAUUGUGUCAUUAGAGAUUAAUGCAUCUAUUAUUAUUUUUUGCAAUGUGUAUGACGCACCUUGGAAACAAGGAACGUAAAAUAUUUUCCUGACAGACUUGAAAACUAGGGUCUUCCUCGCUCACACCUCCGUACAUAGCUCUCUGAAAACCACAGGGGUAUAAUCUAGUGUGGAAAAAGGUAAGUGAGCCAAGUGCUUGAUCGAGGGUAACAUCUCCAAAUGAACUGCGUCCUUUUCUUUUCAAUGUGCUCUUGUUGACAGGGAUUGUGUACUGUCCUAGGCCCCAGUACUGGUGUAUCUUGUGUAGUACUUAAGAUGUACUGCGUCUGAUUUUAAGAUUUUUAGUUUCUGUGCAGUUGUUUGAAAGCAAUGCAGCGCUGAAGCUUUUUUAAUUUCUAUUCUUUUGUGUCAGACUUUAUUUAGAGAUUAAAACUAGAAAGCCAUAUAACACAUAGUUAAGAUUACUACUUGUUUGCUACUUUAACUUAUUUUCGUUGUUUCUUUGCUGAUGUUGCUAAGCAAUGUUUAAAGAGGAAAAAAAAAAGCUUUUCAAUUGCACAUUACCACAACUCAUAUGCAUUGUUCAAGAAGACAAUGGAUCAGUGUAAUUGUACGUAAAUAUCCUUUUUUUUCCAUUUCUAACUAGUUUCCUUCAUAAUGAUGCUGCAUAAUGUUGUGGCUCCCUAAUGCAAUAAUGUACAGAACAUGAAAUAUUUAUAAUUGACUGUCUUACCUGUUUACUGAAUAUAUUGUAGUAAUAGCCCACCUCUCUUCUUACCUCCCCAGCCCUUUUAUAAAGGUGAUACCAAUAUGCAGUACUCAGAUUGAAGUCAUUAUGUGACAAUGGGGACAACAGGUGGAAGAAAGGAAAUCUAUCUAUAUAUAGAAUUAACUUUUAGAGCAUCUUUAUCUGCAAUCCAUAAUAGUAAAAUGUCUGUGUAUUUUUUUAAAUGUAUCUUUUCAAUAAAAUAAUAAGAAAAAUA